UCUAACAGCCUAGUAUCGCUGUGCCAUUCUCUCCCGGUUCAGUGCCACUCCCUUAACUUGAUAUCUGUUUACUUUGGAGGAGGCAGUUUUUGAAAAAGGAUCAUAAAUAUCCUGGCCUGGUGCCCCAGAGCCAUGACAAGCAAAAGAACACACUCGCCUAGAGAUAGCCCUUGAGAUAUUUAAAUGUGUGGGUUAAUUUUUUAUCCACUUUAAUAACUAGAUUACCCCCCCCCCCUCCACUUCUUUGCUUUCUAUUUCUGCUCUGAAGCCGCGGACACAGAAAUCUCUGCAGGCAAAUUACUCCUGAGCAUAUUGCCGGACAAUCCUAUAACGAACAGCUAAAUUCUCAGCAUCUGAUUCCUGAUCCUUUUCCGACAUGGCAGGUGUGAAUAACUGUAUAAAAUAUUCUAUGUUUAUCUUCAACUUCUUGUUCUGGCUAUGUGGUAUCUUGAUCCUGGCAUUGGCAAUAUGGCUACGAGUAAGCAAAGCUGAGCAAGAGUUUGUCCAGGAGGACUCUGGCAUGCAUCCUUCUAUUGCUGUAAAUAUCUUGAUUGCUGUGGGUGCUACCAUCAUGAUUCUGGGUUUCCUGGGAUGCUGUGGAGCCAUGAGAGAGAGCCGCUGCAUGCUUCUGGUGUUUUUCAUAGGCUUGCUUUUGAUCCUGCUCCUGCAGGUGGCGGCAGGUAUUGUAGGAGUUACCUACAGAUCUGAGUAUGAGCAUAUCCUGAAUGAGACUCUCCAUAACAAUGUAGAUCUUUUGAGUGGAACAGAUGAAAAAGCAAAGUCAUUCCAGAAAGCCCUGAUUAAUUUUCAAAAAGAGUUCAAAUGCUGUGGUUUGAUCGAUGGAGCUUCUGACUGGGGAAGUAAUUUUCAACAGAAUUCUGAGUCCUGUGAAUGUUCAGAUAUGUCAGAUUCCUCAUGUAUACUUUAUGAAGGAAAACAUGUUUACAAACAGAUACUUGGUCUGAUAUUUUCCAUGGUCCUGUUCUGCCAGAUUGGGAACAAGUGAAUCUGUGGAUAUGUCGAGCUGUCAUCAGUCAAGCUCCUUAAAUUGGUUGCUUUGCCUUUGUAACUUUAAAUAUAUGAGUGCUGUCUAUGUUAGGAGCAGCUGUCUUAUUAAAAUUUCUUAUUUAGCUAGACUCUAGUUAUCUUCCAGACAUAUUGGAUAUAUUUAGGAUUUUAGUGAUGCUAGAAAAGUAAUAUGAAAGUGCAUUUUUACUCAAAAUAAAAGUGACAUUCUUUACACUGGU